UUUCUUUUUCUUCUUAAUUUUGCCAUGAGCUCAUUUCUCACAUUUGACGCAGGCCUGACGAGCCGAACGUGCACUUGACGUCACUGGACGAAAGAAACUGAAGUUUUUGUUUACGGUUAAAAACUCAAAUGUUUUCAGAGUUUAAACCAUAUGGAGUUUAAGACGCUUCUGUUGUCUGUCAGUGUCGUGUGUUUGGCUGCACUGAUUUCAUCACAGGACAGCUGUGGGUAUCGGCGCCUGGUUGGGCCCCCAGGGGCAUCUCGAAUAGUGGGCGGCCGGGAGGCUCCUGAGGGAGCGUGGCCCUGGCAGGUCAGCAUCCAGAUCCUGUCAAGACACCACUGUGGUGGGACAAUCAUAAACAGCCUCUGGGUGCUCACUUCCGCACACUGCUUCUUCAAAUAUCUACGAAUCCACAGGAGCCUUUUCCGUGUGGCAGCAGGACUUCAUGUGUUAUCUGCUCCAGGAAUUCACGCCCAGAUCCGGUCCAUCAGUGAGGUCAAAAUGCACCAGGACUACAAUGAUAACACGUCUGACAACGAUGUGACGCUUGUGCUCCUCAGCUCUCCCUUCAACUUCACUGACUAUGUCCAACCUAUCUGCACUCCUUUCAAUGUGACUCAUGAGUUCAUCCUCAACUUCAGCCACUGUUUCAUCACAGGAUGGGGGAGCAUGUAUUACAAAGGUGGGCUGAUGAACCGAUUGCAGGAAGCUGUGGUGGAGCUCAUUGACAGGAGAACAUGUAACCUGAAUAGUUGGUACAACGGCAUCAUCACUGAGAACAUGAUCUGUGCAGGACUGGAGAGUGGGGCUGCUGAUGCCUGUCAGGGUGACAGCGGGGGCCCACUGCAGUGUUACAGCGAGGACGAGGAGAGGUUUUAUCUGGUUGGAGUGACGAGCUUCGGUGACGAGUGUGGGCUUCCUCACAGGCCGGGGGUGUACGCCAGAACCAGCAGGUUUGCAGGGUGGCUGAAGACAAGUCAGGCAGCAUCAGCGUCUGCUGCACACAGAGCGACAACAAGGCUGAUCUCAGCUCUGCUCAGUGCUGCUCUGAUGCUGCUCUGAAACAUCCAGACUGUCAGUCAGCAAUAAAUAUCUCUGCUGUA